AACACUGGGUGACUUCCCGUAAGGUUUCCGAUUAUAUUAAUGAUUUCUGAGGAGUGCCAAAUGAUGUCGGCUACAUUUGUUUUAUGUUUUUUUAUUGAGCGCUCUACCCGUAAGGAUUUCCGAGUUUCCGCAUCAGUGACGCACGCGCAUCACGGCCCGGUACUCGAUGGCAUCACACCACACCUUCCCCCCAAGAUGGAUCCCGACGCGCAAUAUUGGCAACAAAUUGUGGGCACGAUGGAGGAGGAGAUGGUUCGGGACAAUAACAAGCAGAUGAUGGUUGCAUUGGGGUUGAUCGGCUUUGGGUACGCGGAGGCUAAGCGGCAGAAACCAAACCGUCUGUACAUGUGUUGGCCCCAAAUCCCUCCCAAUCCAUGUGUCAAUACACCCUGGAAAGCCAUGUACGUCAAUGGGAGCGAUCGCGCAUUCAUCACCACUAUGGGUAUUGACACAGACAUGUUCAGCCGGGAACGCGUGAUCAAACACCUUCCUCAUUUGGUUUAUUCGAGGCUUUCUUGGUCUAUUCGAGGGGUAGAGACCCCUCGAAUAGAUCCUGGUUUAUUCGUGGUCUAUUCGAGGCCUUAAGCGAGAUCUGAGCUCGAUGGGGUCCUGAUCAACGCCUCGGCAACUCGGCAUCAAGGGUAAAAAGCCUUUAUUAUAAUCGGAAACCCUUACGGGAAGUCACCCACUGAUCAGCAGUGAUCAUUGCGCAUGUCCUUGCUUUAUGUGUAAGGAAUGCAUGACAACUGUCUGUAGUUCAAGCAUUCACGCUCGUGAAAAGACUCCAAUUCGAUGCUCCUAGCCUUCUAUGCCAGUCAGAGCCAGAAGGGGCCUUGAACAUGGAUUUGAGAUCGCACGGAAGCACAAGGUCCAUCCGCAUCACUGAAGGAAGACCAAAAAAUGCCAGAAAACAUCUCUAUGCUUAUCCCAAAACUGAAGCCUCCCUGAAACAGAGGCGACUCACCAUCACAGCUAGUCUCGAUCACGACAAGUCCCCCGUCAAAAG